GCCCGUCCUCCAAAGCGCAAACAAUCGCAACAAGCGAGGCUGGGGCGAGGGGGACGGAAGCGCCUGGACUUCCUCCCUUCCUCGCUCCCUCCCUCGGCUCCCAUUGGCUUGGCGAGGUUAUGAAAGCCUUGAAUGGGCGACCGCGAGGCACCUUGGCCGCCUUUGCAACGGGGAGGAAGCGGGGAGAGGCGGCGGGGGGCUCCCGGCCAUGAAGUCCGCGGCGGUGGUGCUGGCCGGCUUGCUGGCCCUGGGCGCCUAUUACGUCUACCUGCCUCUGCCCGGCACCGUCUCCCAGCCCUGGCGGCUCAUGGCCCUGGAUGCCGCCUUCAGGGUCGCGCAGGACACGUGUAACCUGGCUCAUUUCCUGGGAAUUGGCCACCACCUCAGAGUUCUGAACUUCCUUAUUGGUUCAUUUGACCAGACAAAUUCCCAAACUUCUGAACGAGUGAAGAUAACAGAUACUCAGUUUGAUGGUGUGGAGGUCAGAGUAUAUGAACCCUCUCAAGAAGGAGAAAAGAGACUAAAACGUAGUGUGGUCUACAUUCAUGGAGGAGGAUGGGCUCUGGCAAGUGCAAGAGGUGGUUACUACAAUAACCUGUGCUUGGUUAUGGCUGAGUCUCUGGAUGCUGUCAUUGUCUCAAUUGAGUACAGGUUGGUGCCAGAUUUCCACUUCCCUGCUCAGUUUGAUGAUGUCAUGAAUGCUGUGAAACACUUCAUGCUUCCCGAGGUCCUGGCACACUAUUCCGUGGAUCCCAACAGAGUUGCAAUUUCUGGUGACAGUGCAGGAGGAAACUUGGCAGCCGCUGUGUGCCAAGAGAUGACCCAAGAGGAGAAUGUCACCAACCAAUUUAAACUGCAAGCUCUCAUCUAUCCAGUCCUCCAGCCACUGGAUUUCAACACUCCCUCGUACCAGCAGAACGAAAUCACGGCUGUCCUUUCCCGCUUCGUCAUGGUGAAGUUCUGGCUUGACUAUUUCAACGGAGACUAUGACUUUGCCUUUUCCAUGAUGAUGAACAACCACACUGCCCUUGAUGUGGACCUUGUCAGCCCUUUCCGAGAACGGUUGGAUUGGACUUUCCUCCUGCCUUCAAGGUUCAGAAAGAACUAUAAGCCAGCAGUGCCCGCAACAGGAAAGGCAGAGAUAAUCCAAGCUCUGCCAGCCCUGCUUGAUGUCCGUGCAGCUCCAUUGUUAGCCGAGCGGGAGGUCUUUCGCCUCCAGCCGAAAACUUACAUCUUGACUUGCGAGAUUGAUGUUCUGAGAGAUGAUGGUCUAAUGUAUGCCAAGCGAUUGGAGAAAGCUGGGGUGGAGGUGACUGUGGAUCACUUUGAAGACUGCUUCCAUGGCUGUAUGAUCUUCACUGUUUGGCCUACAAACUUUUUUGCGGGGCAUCUAACCAGGGACAGCUAUAUCAAGUGGUUAGAUCAAAACCUGUGAAACAAAUGGGCUUUCCCCACCAUAUAUACAAACUAACCAACCCUAAGGGGUUCCAAAGCUAUGUAUGCUCCUUAUACAAUUUUGUGCCAUCCGUUUUAAGAUCUCGUGGAUGUCAAUUAGAGCAUAACCUAGCAUGUGCCCCUUUGUCUCUCAUAUGACUUGUUUGCACUUGCAAAUAGCAGUUUUGUCUUAAUCCAUUUGUCAGCCUAAAGCCUAAUCUACCAUGCAGAAUAAAAAGGUAAUAAAUUAGGCAGCUCCACCUCAGACUCUGGCAGUGGGGCAGAAUGCCA